AUGGCUGCAAUCUGCCAAUGUGUGUCGCCUAAACCUAUUGAAUGGGUGAAGGGGAAAAUGGUUGGAUGUGGAUCUUUUGGCACUGUCCAUUUGGCCAUGAACAAAUCCACCGGUGGACUUUUUGUUGUGAAAUCAGCACAUUCAGGGGCUGGACGUGAGGAUUUGGAGAAUGAGGUCAAAAUCCUAAAGACUUUAAAUUCAUCACCAUAUAUUGUCCAAUGUUUGGGGACAGAGGAGGACCAAGGUAACCUCAAUGUUUUUAUGGAGUAUAUGGCAGGAGGUAGUUUGGCAGAUGUGGCCCACAAAUUUGGUGGGUCAUUAGAUGAAGAGGUUGUUCGUGUGUAUACUAGAGAAAUUCUUAACGGGUUAAACCAUCUUCACCAACAUGGAAUUGUUCAUUGUGACCUUAAGUGCAUGAAUGUGCUUUUGGGUUCAUCUGGUAACAUCAAGUUGGCUGAUUUUGGAUGUGCAAAAAUGGUUAAGGACUUUAAGGGUCUUGGAGGUUUGGCAAAUUCUUGGCAGUGCAUUGGUGGGACUCCUCUAUGGAUGGCUCCUGAAGUAUUGAGAAAUGAGAUGCUUGAUUUUGCUGCUGAUAUAUGGUCUUUGGGAUGUACAGUUAUUGAAAUGGCUACUGGCAGGCCUCCUUGGUCUGAUGAGGUUUCAAAUCCAAUGGCUGCUGUUCUCAGGAUUGCACGUGGUGAUGUGUUACCUCAGUUUCCAACACAUUUCUCAAAGGAGGGUUUGGAUUUCUUGAGCAGGUGCUUGGAGAGAGAACCCAGUAAGAGGUGUACCGCUGAGGAGUUACUUAGCCAUCCAUUUGUUUCAAGGAAUUCAGCAACACCUUGUCAAAAAGAAUGUGCUUUCUCACCAGCAAGUGUUUUGGAAGUUCAACGUUUUGAGGAUACUUAUGAUCUAGAUGAAUUAGAAAGUCCACGGGGAAACUCAUUCGCGUCCUAUGAUGACACUGAAUGGCAACUGAAAGACAGUGCAUUUGGGUCAUCAGGGAAUUGGAUUACUGUCAGAUCAGGAUGA